GGAGGCUCCGACUGCGCCGGCGCCGCUUCCGAGCCAACAUGGCGGCCGCGUGGCUGCUGUUGCGCACCCUCCGUCAGGGCCAGGGCUCGGGUCCGGACUGGCUGCGGGGCCCCUGCUCGGGCUGGGGCCUAGGGCUCUACGCUGGGGUCGGGAGGAGGUGGCCGUACUUCGUCCACAGGACGCCAGUGGGUGUCGUCGGGGCUGGAGGCCGAGCCUUGCAGAGUUUGCAAUUGCGACUGCUAACUCCUACCUUUGAAGGGAUCCAUGGACUACUAUUGAAACAGCAUCUAGUCCAGAAUCCAGUCAGACUCUGGAAGCUUUUAGGUAGCACUUACUAUUUUAACACCUCAAGGAGGAAGCGGAAGACUAAGGACCAUGAUGAGUCCAAGGGGAGGACCCCCGAAGAUGAUGAAGAGGAGAGGAGGCGCAAGGAGAGGGAGGACCAGAUGUACCGAGAACGACUGCGCACCUUGUUUGUCAUCGCCGUUGUCAUGAGCCUGCUGAAUGCACUCAGCACCAGCGGGGGCAACAUUUCCUGGAACGACUUUGUCAAUGAGAUGCUGGCCAAGGGCGAGGUACAGCGGGUCCAGGUGGUGCCCGAGAGCGAUGUGGUGGAAGUGUACCUGCACCCUGGAGCCGUGGUAUUCGGGCGUCCUAGACUGGCCUUGAUGUACCGAAUGCAGGUGGCAAACAUCGACAAAUUUGAAGAGAAGCUUCGAGCGGCUGAAGAUGAGCUGAAUAUCGAAGGCAAGGACAGGAUUCCAGUUUCCUAUAAGCGUACGGGAUUCUUUGGAAAUGCCCUUUAUGCCUUGGGGAUGACAGCAGUAGGCUUGGCCAUCCUGUGGUAUGUUUUUCGUUUGGCUGGAAUGACUGGAAGGGAAGGAGGAUUCAGUGCUUUUAAUCAGCUUAAAAUGGCUCGUUUCACGAUUGUGGAUGGCAAGAUGGGGAAGGGAGUUAGCUUCAAAGAUGUGGCAGGAAUGCAUGAAGCCAAACUGGAGGUCAAAGAGUUUGUGGAUUAUCUGAAGAGCCCAGAGCGCUUCCUUCAGCUUGGUGCCAAAGUUCCGAAGGGUGCACUUUUGCUUGGGCCCCCUGGCUGUGGGAAGACACUGCUGGCCAAGGCUGUGGCGACAGAGGCCCAGGUGCCCUUCCUGGCGAUGGCUGGCCCAGAGUUCGUGGAGGUUAUUGGAGGCCUCGGUGCUGCCCGUGUACGGAGCCUCUUCAAGGAGGCCCGGGCCCGGGCCCCCUGCAUUGUCUAUAUCGAUGAGAUUGAUGCUGUAGGCAAGAAGCGCUCCACCACCAUGUCUGGCUUUUCCAACACGGAGGAGGAGCAGACUCUCAACCAGCUUCUGGUGGAAAUGGACGGAAUGGGCACCACCGACCAUGUCAUCGUCCUGGCAUCCACCAACCGAGCUGACAUUUUGGACAAUGCUCUGCUGAGGCCAGGCCGACUGGACCGACAUGUCUUCAUCGACCUCCCCACGCUGCAGGAAAGGCGGGAGAUUUUCGAGCAGCACCUGAAGAGCCUGAAGCUGACCCAGGCUAGCAGCUUUUACUCUCAGCGUCUGGCAGAACUCACGCCGGGAUUCAGUGGUGCUGACAUCGCCAACAUCUGUAAUGAGGCUGCCCUGCACGCUGCCCGGGAAGGGCACACAUCUGUCCACACGUUUAACUUUGAGUAUGCUGUGGAGCGCGUCAUUGCGGGGACGGCCAAAAGGAGUAAGAUCCUUUCAAAGGAAGAGCAGAAGGUGGUUGCGUUUCAUGAGUCAGGCCAUGCUUUGGUUGGCUGGCUGCUGGAGCACACUGAGGCUGUGAUGAAGGUCUCCAUCGCCCCUCGGACAAAUGCUGCACUGGGCUUUGCUCAGAUGCUCCCAAGAGACCAGCACCUUUUCACCAAGGAGCAGCUCUUUGAGCGGAUGUGCAUGGCCCUGGGUGGCCGUGUAUCGGAGACCAUCUCCUUCAACAAGGUCACUUCUGGGGCACAGGACGACCUGAGGAAGGUCACUCGUAUCGCCUAUUCCAUGGUGAAGCAGUUUGGGAUGGCACCGAGCAUUGGGCCCAUCUCUUUUCCUGAGGCUCAGGAGGGCCUUAUGGGUGUUGGACGGCGCCCCUUCAGCCAGGGCCUCCAGGAGAUGAUGGAUCACGAAGCUCGACUGCUGGUAGCCAAGGCCUACAGGCACACAGAGAAGGUGCUGCAGGACAAUCUGGACAAGCUGCAGGCGCUGGCAAAUGCACUGCUGGAAAAGGAAGUGAUAAACUACGAUGACAUCGAGGCCCUCAUCGGCCCACCUCCUCACGGGCCCAAGAAGAUGAUUGCACCUCUGAGGUGGAGUGACGCUGAGGAGAAGCAAGAUGCUGGAGAGGAGGAGGAGCCUCAGCAUCCCCCGCUGCGAGGCGAGGAGCCAUCUUAGCCCAAAUAGCUGGACCCUGGAAGUGAACUCUUAGCUGUCCCUCAAGUUCCUUUUCACCUGAGGCUUGUACCUCCUCAUAGCCCUCACUGGGCCCUGCUGAAGGAUUUCGGAGAUCUGUUGGUUUCUCUACCUGUGAUUAGUAAAGACUUUGCAGAGAA